AUGUCAGUACAGAAGCCUUCCGCUAGGCUAUACCCGUCAUUUCUAUUUCUGGGGUCUAUGGCAUCCUGCCCUCCGGCAAAAUUCCCAUCAGCCUCGGAGAUAUUCAAGCUAUGGCCAUUCUUUUGCGAGAAUGUUGAUCCAUUAACUAAGAUCCUCCAUGUGCCUUCAACAAAGGUGCUUUUGACCCAAACGCUCCAACCUGGGGCAAGCUGUCCAAUUCCAAAGAAGAUAGAGGGGUUUAUCUUUGCGAUAUGUACAUGUGCAGUUAUGUCUCUUGGGGACAAUGAAAGUCAGAGAUUGCCGGGGACACGUGCUUCAUUGGAAUCCUUCUUCGCAGCCACUGCAACUUCAUUAGUGGAAAGUUCGUUUAUGCAGUCCCUUGAUAUCAUUACGCUUCAAACCUACGUGCUUUUUCUGGUAUAUAUAAAGUCGUGCCGUGGAUCAAUAAGGAUAGAUUCAUCAUGCUCCUGGAUGAUGGUCAGUAUUGCUAUUCGAAUCGCUCAGACUAUUGGUAUCCACCAGGAUGGGACAAUAUUCUCCAUAUCCCCUUAUGAGACCGAGAUACGGCGCCGUCUUUGGUGGUAUAUUGUUAGCCUCGAUAUUCGCGCUACUGAAAUGGCAGGAUCUGGGAAGUCAGUUGUACCCCAAUCGUGGAACGCACCGUUGCCCUUGAAUAUAAAUGACGAGGAUAUCAGUCUCGACAUGACCACCUUCUCUUCGGAACAUACCAAGGUGACAGAAAUGAGUUUCCCUCUUCUUAAAUACGAACUGUCCCUGUUCUUACAGGAUCCUGGGAAUGGAAAGUUCUCCGGUGGCCUUGAAGAAACACGAACAGGGACUAGUCUUCUGCAUGCCCGUAUUGCAAGGCUAGAGAAAUGUUUCGAGGAGCGCUUUCUUUGGUUUUGUGACCCCGUCAUCCCCCUACAUGUCCUACUAACAGUGACGGCUCGCUCCACUAUCUGUAAACUUCAGCGCAUUGCUGAAGUUUCUUAUGCUGAUAAGGAUCAACCCCGCAUACUAACUAACCCAGAAACAAAGUUCUCAUACGGUCUCAAAAUGCUAGAGUAUGACAAAUUAGUGCAUUCCACAAAAUCUACUCAACGUUUUCGGUGGUAUAUUAUGAAUUCGUUCCCCUGGGGCGCAGUAAUUGGCCUCCUCAAAGCCAUUACAGGCCAGACCACGUGGGACGAAACCAAAGAAGCAGCCUGGCAUCAUUUAGAAGAUAUGUAUCAGCACCACCCGGAAUUCUGUUUCCGCAGCACAGAAAUUUGCGGAGUUGCUGGGAAAUAA